AUUUUUGUAUAACACGACACGACACGACCUUUUACUAACCAUCUGUUAAAACCCAACUCAUCAGCUAAUCUCCAUUAUAGCGAAACUUGUUCACAAAUUGGCUAUGGCUACCAAGGAAGGACUGUAUACGAAUCCAAUCUUCUUUCUCGUCUUCACUUUGUUCUUCAUUGGUGGAUUUGAUUCGUCUCUUGUUGCAGGAGUCAGCACCCUCAGACAUGGCGAUCAGCUUAAUUCCACCGACUCUCUCGUCUCCCAAGGUGGGAAUUUCACAUUAGGGUUCUUCACUAUUCCACAAACCAAUUACACUUAUUUGGGCAUUUGGUACACCAACGACGAUCAAUUCAACAGAGUUUGGGUUGCGAAUAGAAACACCACUUUAUUAAGCAAUUCCAGUGUUCUCACCAUUGACAACGCCACCGGAAUUCUCCAAAUCACCAGCGGAGGGAACACUGUUCUGAACCUUUCGGAUCAAAUCACCCGCAACGCAACCGCCACCCUCGAAGAUUCCGGCAAUUUUGUUCUCACCGAUCAUGAAAAUGGCGAUCGACGUUUGUGGGAGAGCUUUGAUAACCCUACAGACACGCUUUUGCCCGGUAUGAAACUAGGCUUUAACCUUGCAACUAGGAAGAACUGGUCUCUCACUUCCUGGUUCAGUGCUUCUUUCCCUGCUUCUGGAAUCUUCACUAUGAAUUGGGAACCAAACCAAGAGUCCGGACAAUUGGUAAUUUAUCGGCGAGGACAGCCUUAUUGGACUAGCGGGAAUCUGGAAAAUCAAACUCAAACUUUUCCAAACAUGUUAAUGUUGAAUGGUCCUCAGUCUCAAGACUAUUGCUUCCUCAAUUAUAUAUCCAAUAAUGAUGAGAAGUACUUCACUUUCAGUGGUUUAAAUGGAAGUUUUUGGAUGUUGAAGUUGGAAUCAGAUGGGGAAAUUUAUGAGGGUCCUAAUCGUCUUUUGCUUGGACCGCUUAAUUUUUGUUAUGGGUAUCAAUCAGUUAAUGAGGCUAAUGGGUGUGUGAUUUCAGAGUUGCCCAAGUGCCGAAGCAGUGAUGAUACGUUUCUGCAGAAGAGGGCAAGUUUUUUACCCAUCAAUGCUCGCAGUGAUUAUGAUGAUAAUUCAAGCCUAAGCAUUAGUGAUUGUGCGCAAAGGUGCUGGAACAAUUGCGAUUGUGUUGGUUUUAAUGUCAAUAGCAAUGGAACAGGUUGUAUAACUUGGACCGGAAAGUUGGAGUAUCAACAAGAUAACAUUACCGUGCCCAUAUACGUGCUGGUUCGAGGAAAUUCAUCUAAAGCAAGUGCGGCAAAAACGUCGAUAUGGAUAGUCAUUGCACUGGCUAUUUCUCUGUUUGUGCUCAUUUAGGGCAUCUUUGGCUACCAAAGAAUGAGAAAGCAUAGAUUAGAAGGACAAGUGACACUUUCUUGGUCAAUCAGGAGUUAAGAAAAGUUACAGAGUUAGUGGUCGUGCAUGGUGGAACAUAGAAGACAAGGUGGAAGAAGUUAAAGCAAUAUGAUGAACAAAGUGACUUAGUGGAAGACAUGGAGGGAUAUGUGGUAUUGUGGGAAUGAAGGUGGAAGAGUAGGUAGUUUUAGGUGGUUAUUAGGUAGUUAUUGUUGAAAGUUUUUUUCCUAUAAAUAGCCAUUGAUGGCUAUAUUUACGGACCCGGACCCAGAACCAGAUCUAGAAAUCAGUUUAUUUAUUUUAUAUUUUCUAGUCCUUUAUUUCUAGUUUUUUACUUUCCUGCACUGCAUUUCAAAUUCCUAAGAGUAUUUUUAAGUUAGUUUAUUGCUAUAACCCCCUUUGAAGUUGUAAAAGUGCGAAGGUACAAUUGUAAACUCUUGUUUUCUUAAUGAAAUUUGAUUUCUGAUACUA